UAUGCAAACGGGUGCAAGCCUAUGGUUAUGAAUAUGCUGAAUCCUAGACAUACUGAAGUAAUUUUAAGACAAUUCUGGCUAAAUUAAAAGAUAAAGUUACACACUCGGUUUGAUACGUUUUUUCAGAAAUUUUCCUAUAAUCUACACAUUUAGACAAUAAAUCUUAUUUUCUCCUUAAUUCACCGAAUUUGAAUAAAAUAUAUCACAAAAAACUAAUUCCAACACUUACUGUAAAACUACAACACCUACUGUGAAACUACAACACUUACUGUGAAAUUACAAUACUUGGGAUAAAAUUGUGUAGUAAUGACACAUUAUAGGUCUAAUGGGAAUGGGAGGGUGAAGACUGCUGACAACUGGACAUUCCAGACGAAUCCUUACAUCACUGCAAGGCCUCAGAUCCACUGCGUUGGCGACGACUGCAAGAGGAGUGAUUUGAACGUAUACUAUCAAUACGGCAAGAUGAACGUGAACCCGCCGGAACUAAUUCAGUACAUUCCGGUGAUUCUAAUAGCAACUCUGGCACUGAUUAUACUAAUAAUUUUCCUCGUAAAAAGACACAGAGCUAACAAGAAAUACCAGGAAUCUAUGCUAUCAAGGAUGGACGAUUUAAGGGAAAGAGAAUACAUUGAAACCUUAUAACAAUAAAUUAACUCAAUUUCUAAUCAGUUGUAAUCAGAUGUAAUGAGUUGUAAUCAAUUGUAAUCAAUUAUAAUCAACUGUAAUGAGUUGUAAUCAGUUGUAAUGUUCGAAGAUUGCUAAUUUAUUUUUAACUCCGUUGAAUUCGGGUACGAUUUUGUAGAGAAUAGUGGUUAAAAGCGUGUUGAGUGACUUGAUGAUAUGGGACGUUGUGAUUGACACCGCUCCCUAGAUAAUUUUUUACCUUAAU